AAAUCAGAGGCAACGUUUGCUGAGGUGCAUGCCACCUGCAGGCAAUUGGAGGUGAUGAGACAUCUGGCGGGCUGGGUGUUGCUGGCUGUCUGUAUGCAUAGGCUGAAUGCAGAAUUGAUUUCUCAUUUACACCCUCCACGUCAAGUUAUUUCUAGACAACCCUGUGUCUUUCCAUUUACCUAUGGCGAUGUAGUCUACUACAGUUGCAUCUCCAUCCACAGUGACUUUGAUUGGUGUUCUCUUGACCAAAUAUUCCAAGGCAAGUGGCGCUACUGCACGGCGGGUGAUCCCCCCCAGUGUCUCUUUCCCUUCAUAUUUGGAGACAAACUCAUUUUCGAAUGCACCAAGGAAGGCUAUAUUUUGGACCGGAGUUGGUGUUCAUUGACCUUCAAUUACAACAAAGACAGGAAAUGGAAGCAGUGCUCUCCUCUCAAUACUUAGAUAAGUCUUGGUGUUCCUGAAGAGACAGAAGUUACAGAUUCAGCGUCUGCCUGUCAAAACAGAAUUCUAUCCUUUCCGAUCCUGAACAUUGUGAUCAAUAAAGAUUUGGUCUCCUU